GAUUACAAACAGAAAAAGUCUAUCACAGGAAGACUUCAAAAGCCAAAGCACUCUGUGAUUCCAUGAUUCUAUGAAAUGCAAGUGACCUCUCUCAGCUGGAUCCCCCUCAGGUGCCUGCUGGUUCUUCCCAAGAAAGCCACAAGCUUGGAAAAAAAGACCGUCACUUUAAGAGUGCUGUGUCAACUCUUUCCCAAUCUGUUCCCUUUAUCCAUCUGGCCCUUCACGAUGCCAGUUUCCUCCUCCUCAUGCCAAGUUUUGUUCAUUUGUAGCAAGCAGAUGUGUCAUUUAUCAGUCUGUGGGUCUUCAGUUGCCUCCUCGGAAGCAUUUUUGCCAUUUUCCAGUCUUCCCAUCCCCUGCUGCACUCAGAGCUCGGGAGAGGCCGGGGUGUCACCCAGCAAACAUGACAUCCUCCUGGUCCCACAAUGGGGCUUGAGCCGGGUACUCCCGAGGAGAGAAGGAGCUGGAGUCACCACAGACGUUCCUGUGGGGAUGGCUUUGUCCAAAGCUGUGGAAGAAGCACCUGGGGCUGCACGCUUCCCAGCAAGUUGCUGGCAUCAGGGGGAGCAGCCAAUCUACACCUGACUCAAGCGACAUGUUGGCGAGUGUCAAACACUGAAUGCAGCCCCCACAUCCCCAGUGGUGAAUCAUCUCCCAGCACCUUCUGAAGAGCGUGCGGGAGCAGAGACCUUCUCCUCUGAGUCACCACAAACUGCUGCCCGGGGGACGCUGGGCUGUGUCCGCGCUGCCCAGGGUGAAAUGGGAAGGGAAAGUUCACCAGGGCCACGUGGCCAGAGCACUCCUGGCCCCAGGGAAGGUCCCAUGUCCUGUUCCCGGUCCAACAGGGCUCCCGUCUCCAGCUGUGGGUGAGCACAAGGAGCGCCCAGGGGAGCUGGAGCAGCUCCUCACGCCUGGAGGACAGGUUGAGGAUGCACACGGCUCUCCGCAGGGCUGGCAGGAGCCCGGAAGAUGUUGCCUGGCUUUUUCUUCCUGGUGCAUGCUCCAACCUGCUGGGAAGUGUUUACCCAGGCGAGCAGCUAUCGCUGCCUUCGGGAGAGGAAGGGCCGGGCUGUGAGCUCCAGCCUGGAGACGACAGAGAUGAGCUCCUGGGCACUCCAGAGAUGGAGAAGAGGGUGGGAGCAGAGCUCCCAGUGCAGAGGUCCACACCUAGGUCCUUGCAGAAGGCCUCCUGUCUUCCAUAUUCCUGUGGUCCACAGAAUCAUGGAAUGGGUUGGAAGGGACCUUUUCAGGUCACCCGGUCCAACCCCUCUGCAGAAGCCGGGACAUCUUUAACCAGGAGUGAGCCAAAAUUCACUUCUGUGCAGCCGUGGGUUGUUCUCCUCCUGACUGUGCGCCGCAGCUCCACUGCCAUCUUUCCCUCCUUCCCGGGGGCUCCACAGGCUGCGAGGGCUGCGCAUCCCCCUGAGGACUUCCCAGCAGGGCUGCAGGAGAGAGCAGCCACCGUGUGGAGUCUGGCGCGCGAGCGGUGCAGCGGGUGCUCCCCGCUCCCCUGCCAUCUGCCAGGCCCGCGCCCCGGCCCCUACCCCAUGCGGCACCAUCUGUCACCGCCACUGCAGCGGCAUCGCGGCCACCGCUGCGGCAUGGCGGCCAGGCUCCGCAGCGCGGGCAUUGGCCCCGGCUGCCACCGGGCAUCAGACGGGAGCGGUGGGAACAGUUGGGGACCGGAGCAGCACCAGCUGCAGCGUCAGACGCAGGUGGAGCUCAGCUUUGGCGCUGCCACUGCAGAAAUCUGUCGCUGCCUCUUCCAACCACAAACUGCGGGGAAGGGACGGAUGCCGCUUGCGGCUCGUCAUGACUACAGAACAAAUAUGAGCAGCCUGUGCCUGUGCUGAGCCACACCGGGGGCGAAGAGCUCGUCUGGUGUCUUUCAAAGCUCCCCAAGCACAGCCUCCCGCCUCAGCUCUGUUCUCCUCGCCCUGCUGCCCCGUGCGGCUCUCCGGGCAGUUUGGCCCAGAGAAACCGAUGUCCGUGGAAAGCUCAAAGCUGAGGGCUCGGGUGGGUCCGGGGAUCUUCUUCUUGAUGCCCUCCAGGUUCAGGUGAGAAGGGGACGCCCCACGGGGCGCAGAUCAGAGCUUGGAGCCACACUGGUCCGGGUGCCCACCUGCCAAAAGGCCACAGAGUUUGGAAGAGAAGCAGGAGCUGGUGGGGUCCCGGUGGGCCAGGCUGCUGCACCCCCAAGGUGGGGGCGGCGGGGGGUGGGACAGGACAGGAUGCAUCCCUCCACAACAAGCUAGAUCCCUCGGUCGGCUCUCAGGAGACACCGAGCACGUGUUUUCCAGGCCUGAGGAAUUAACAAGAGCCAUCUCCAACAGAUGCUGCUGCACAGCCUCUGCGGUUACUGGAGAGGGUGGGAGCGCUCUCAAUGUCAUGUGCCCACAUCCCGCUUCCUUCCAAGCGCCGGGCAGACAGAUUUAUUGAGAACCUCUGUCUUUUCUGCAUUUUAAUAGCGAUCUCAUCAUCUCCAUCUGCUGCAAGACCUCAAACGCUGCCUUGGAUUCACGCGACUCCUGGCAGAGCCUUGUCCUGAUGCCUUUCGUGCUUUGAGAUCUCCAGUCUUGGCUUCUGGGUGCCAGGGAUGUUCUCUCCUUUGGGAAGAAGCCCCUUUGGUGUCUGGUUGGACCUGAGAGAGUGAGAUUGGACAGAGAGGGCUUUUCCACCCUCAAUGAUUCCAUGGUUCCAUGAUUGUCCCGCCGCACCUGCUCCCAGCACCGGGCGAUGCUCUGGGGCAGCAGCCAGGCCCGGGGUCUCCAGGCUCCAGUGGGUCUGGACGGGGCACCGAUUGUUCCCCGGAGCCGGGAUGGGAUGUGGAGCUGCUGGGACGGCACUGGGAACCGGGAACCAGCAACUGCCGGGGUGCGGGCCAGCGGCUCCGGUGGAGGCGGAGCGGGGAGCCGGGGCAGCGGCUCCGGUGCAGGCGGAGCGGGGAACCGGGGCAGCGGCUCCGGUGGAGGCGGAGCGGGGA